UUCCGGUUGGUGUCGGGCGAGGAAAGCAAACAGGUCCUUGUAUUUCAAAAGGGCUUGCUGCUGUAUUACCUGUGCAUUCAUCGAAGGUGAGCGUAUGGCUUUUAUUUGUGCAACAAUGUGAUCGCGUAUGCGCUCGAUUGCGCGAUUGAUGAGGUCGACAAGAAGAGGUUUGACAUCUUCGAGUGCUUUGAUGUCUGGCUGGUCUUUGGUCUUUGUCGAUAUGAUCUUGGAUCGCUUCUCAAUCUCGGCGAGAGCGCGAACAAAUCCCUCAUCGAUGGGUCCCUCCGCUAUCUUACGGACGAUGACAGGGGCUAUGCUGAUGUCUUCCACUGCGGGACCAAGUAUUCGUUCCACUACUUUGCGGUUCUCCAAUUUGGUGUUGAGCGCUAUGGAGCGAUUCUGGAGAGAUUCUAUCUCAGCAGACACGGCUCCUAGAUCCGCCUGGAAAUUGGUGAGAUCUUCGAACUUGUCCUUUUCUUUAUCGACUGCGAUCACCAUAAGCAAAGAUGCAAAGGUCGGGAAGAAAACACGUACAUUCUUCGACUGAUUGGGCACUAUAUGUAUGUACAGAAGAAGACUGCUGUGUGUCGGUCAUCGCCUCAGCUUCCACCGCAAAGUCCUUGAGACUCAAGCCUUUGAAAUCUAUAUCCUCCUCCACCUCUUCCGGCUUGUGUAUGAUUUCUGUUUCCGCAUCAUCGUUCUUC